ACUUGUGUUUAUAAUUAUGCUAAUACAUAGGGCUACAUGUAAAGUACGUGUUGUUUAACGAGCUUGAAAUGGAUCAUCUUUAUCCCUUGAAAUUAGGGUCUGCUGUUGUUCUCAACACCAAACCAUCCAUAGAUUUAGAGUGCGAGAGAAUACCUGAACUUCCCUACAAGCCUUGCGCUCGGAGUGGACACUGUGCGGUUGCCGAUGAACAUAAUGUAUACUUACUGGGAGGUUACAACCCUGAUGAUGAUGUCAUCUCAGACUACUUCGGGAGCAACCAGCACGUCCCGUUGUUUGGCGAGGUUUGGAGGUACCACAUCCCAUCCAACAGGUGGCAUUUACUCACAAACGAAGGAGAAUCUCACUUCCGGCUUGCCUCCAUGUCGGCCAUCUUGAAAGGGAAGACGAUACUGAUCUACGGAGGCACCAGCUAUCCCUUUGGUUACCGUAGCACAAACAAGAUCAGCUGGCUUGAUCUCAGGAGGAUAGAAUGGCAUGUUAAACCAGAGAAGGGAGAGAACAAACCCAUCAGAAGUUACGGUCAAGCAAUAGCAGUCAUCAAUCAAUACCUCUACGUCUAUGGUGGGACGACGGGGUGGGUGUACUGUUCAGAUGUUCACAGAUGCCACGUACAGACCGGAGUCUGGGAGAGGGUGUUCAGCUUAGAGGAGCAUGCCACAGCCAUGGUGAAGUCGGGCAAACCACGGAAUGAAGCCAUCCCUGAUCCACGUUACAGACAUGAGAUGCUGAGUGAUGAUAGAAGGUUGUAUGUCAUUGGAGGAGGCACUUCUGAUUCUGCCUUUGCACUGGCCAAGGUAAAUGCAUUUGACACAGAAUCCAGACAAUGGGAACUACUAGAUACAAGGCCCGAUGAGAGGCAUGGUUUCCCAGGACCUAGGCGCUGUCAUGGAUGUGCACAACUAGGGACAGUGGGAUAUGUCAGUGGUGGGUUCGAUGGACGGAAGAUCUACGAUGAUGUCUGGAUGCUAGACUUGACAACGCUUCAGUGGACUAAGCUAGACACCAAGCUUCCUAGACCAGUGUACUUCCAUUCAUCAGCUAUUACACCGAAUGGCUGCAUGUUCAUAUACGGAGGGGUCCUGGAUCCACAAGGCACCGAACGGAGCGAUACCUUGGUCAGAGUAUGGGUGCGGAUACCGUCCCUCCUCCUCAUGGCAUGGAACAGGGUCCUCUCUCUCCUUAGGAACCCCACCGGUAUAGAGAAACACACCCUCCAAGCCAUGGGCGUGCCCCCUUCCUUACUACCAGACAUUGGAUGAUGAUGGUGGUGGGGGUGAUGAUGAUGAUGAUGAUUAUCUUAUAUCUACUGGGCCGCGUAUUAUAAAGAGUUAUGAUUGAUCUUAAGUUUGAUCAAUACACGAUGAGCUAUAGACUUACGCUCAAUAUUAACCUUACGAUUAAUAAAAAGGCUUUAUAAUACAUGGCCCUGUUCAUGUACAUGUUGGGGAUAGCUAAAGUGGUUUCCCUGGUAUGUAGAUAUCUAAUACUGAAUAUACAGUAGAAAUAUAGGAAUAUACUACCCCUCAAAUCUGACUUCACAUAAUAUAUGCUAGUAACUACUAGAAAUGAUAAAUUCCUGAUAUAGAAGCUGUAGGCCCUGGAAUUAACUUUGUAAGCCAUGUCAUUUUCGUCUCACUUGCAAAGCCGAGCAAGACAUAGAUGUCACUAUUUCCAGCUGCGUUGUUGUCGUCUUCAUCAACAAUCAUGCUGUAGUCGCAAUAUUCUAUAGCUUAGAGGAAAGAUUACCAGUGGUGUAUCUCUGUAGGUGCAGGUCAAGCUCAAAAAUAGGUACACGCAAUAACAUUCUAUAGCUUGGGUAAGUAUCUCAAAGAUGAUCCACUACAGUUUCAAUCAUACCUCAUAAGUACCUUAUGAGGAAUCACCAAUCUCAUGAGGAUUUGGGGUCAUCAGGUCAACAGUCAUGUCAGAUGAAAGCCAUUGCACUUGACGGAUAUUGCAUCAGAGGCAGAGGCAUAACCCUUAACACACAGGCGAGACAGUGCUUGAAAUAUACCUUGUUAUCCAUUAAGUGUUACUUAAUGCAUCAAACAGCCAUACAAGUAUCGUAUAGCUAUACGAUAACUCCCUACCUUUUGUUUAGUCUGAACGUCGUAUAGAGAAACGUCUUAUAGCGAAUUGCAAAAGUAUCAUUCCAAACAAAAACAAAGUUUAAUAAGAAUCAGGGCCCCGCUCUAAGUCUCAAUGUCAUAUAGUGCGAAAACGAUAUUAAUCGAUGGAGCUUAUUGUUAGCAUGCACUGAUGAUUGGCUAGCUGUCGUGUCAAUUGACCUUUUCAAAAUUUGAAUGUACUUUAUUCAAACAUUGUUGUUAUUUAGUCUGUAUGCUUCUGUUGCUGUACGAUUAUUCUUUAUAAAACGUUUCUUUAUACAACUUUCAUAUAAAUUUCCUCCAUUCUCAAGAGGCUAUGAAAUUAAUCUAUUGUGAGAUUUUUACAUCGCCCGCCACCCACCCAACAGACCAGGACAGGGUUUUAAAUGGUCAGUGGUUGAAAGAGUCAGAGGUAUAUAUUUUUGUGCAUUUAAGAAUUUCUAUAAGUGGGCUUUCCAUUUAAUGGCAUAUGUAAUUAUUUCCAUCAUCAAUGUUCAGAUUGUAUAACAUGUCUGUUUCUUGACUUUGUAAUUCAAGUGCCGGACACAAUAUAUUGUCUUAGAGACAAAUAAUGUAAAUGAUGCGUGAAGAAUUAACGCAUCAUAUUUUCAGAGCUAGAAUGGCAUUACUUCUUGUCAUUUUACAGAAUUAAUGGCCUUCUGGCUCUCAGCUGACAAUAUUACAAACCUUUGACUGCUUAAGAUUUUCUUAAAUAUACUAAUGCAAUCAAGUAGUCAUUCUAUUACCUCAGGUAAAAGAUGUUCCUCAAACUGAAUUUCUCAGUCCCAUGGAUCAGUAGACUUGCAUAUCUUUGGAGAACUAGGUUGUAGCCAUUGCAUAAAUAAGUUCAUUAUGCAAUCUAUCUGCACACAUUAGGUGCAUAAAAAGCCUCAACAAGAACAGGUAGAUCCUGUAAUGAAUGAAUGAAAUCAUGCAUCACUUUUUUAAUACAAUAAAACUCCUAGAUCCUUGUUAUUUAAUGAAAAAAAAGGAAUUGAUUUUAAGAUUGUUUCAAGUCAUUAUCAACAAAUAAACCCAAGUUAAUUAGGCUUACCGUAGCGCAUACACAGAGACAGCGAACCCAAUACCUCAACAAAAGUGCAUUAACCUCUUGCUGCACAUCACGCAAUUAAAAAAAAUCAUUGGAUAGAACUGGAAACUAUUACGUUUACACUAGUACAUAAGAUUACUAUAGUGUGAUAGUCUCAGUAAAUACAUCACAUGUGAUCGCGGAGAGUUGAAUAAACACCAUAUAAUUGUACCUUGUCUCUGGGAAGUCAAGACAAUCAGUCAUAUCCUAUUUUGGGAACAUGUAAUCACAAGAAGGGAAAUGUACUCGUUCUUCUGAUGGAAGUAAAAAUGAAUUUUAUUUUGAUGAAUGAACAUGCUGUGUAAUCAUAAUUGAUAAGGCUGCAUGGCAUUUUAUGUUUUGUUUGUACAUAAUAAAGAUUCUUCACAUGUUAAAGUUA